AUAGAAUCGAAUAACUAGAAACUAAUACUUUUACAUUUAUAUUCGGCAGCGCAAUCAGUGUAUUUUCACAAAAAGAUCAGUUGAAGGUGUAGGUAUGCAUGUUUGGAGAGGAUAGCAAUAAUUUUUUACUUCUCCAUGGUUGAUCACACAGUUCACGCAUCACAAAAGGGACUUUUGUUGAGGGUUAUUACUCUCAUGGCCGCAUUGCUAGGCUCUGUACUUAGUGACUGCCGUGGGGGAAGUAAUGGUAUUCACGAAAUCAAUGACUGCGAGGGAACGUUUUAUGCGGGCAGUGGUGGAAUUUAUCAUUUCACCAAUGGACCCAAAGGAUUUGUUGGAGGUAGUGGUGGAAUUUACAGUGGAGAGGCUGGCGGAGAUGAAUUUACAGCAGGUCAGUCAGGUGUUUACAAUCUUCAAAAUACUAGAGGCAAACAUCGAAAUGGACAAGGAGUUGUUAAAGGGGGUUCAGGAGGUGUGUACCAUUUACCACAUGGCUAUGGAACAGUGACUGGUGCUAGUGGUGGUGUCUUUUAUGGAGAUGCUGGGGGAAAAGGAAUGGUUGAUGGUUCUGGGGGGAGUUUCACUGUAAGGUCAGAUUAGUAGAGUGGUAGUGACAAUCGAAGAUAAAAUAAAGGGCUCCGGUAUUGAUGAUAUCAUGGGAGCCAUCCUUUUUCAUUUUUAUAUCUUUGUAUAUCCCUAUUAUUUUUCAUAGUUGAAUAAAAAUAUUUCGAAGAAA